AUGUAUGUAAGUAAAAUAUUUCCAAAUUUGAUAUCGAAAAUCUCCCGUGGUGAUAGUUGCACCAUAUCACCACCACAGAAAUUAGAAGCUAAAUAUGGUAGCGUAUGGUACUCAAGAAAUAUGAUUGGCCUAGAGAAUUUUUCUUUGUGCAAUUUCUUUAGCUUCAUUACAUUUCACGACCAUAACGUACACUCCAAUAUGAAAAUGAAGGGAAACCUUACGGACAGCCUGGACAGCCUGGACAGCCUGAAAGUAUGCGAUAUCACUCAUAAUAAGGAGUUUAAUGGAUAUACAUAUUUUUGGGCUGGGGUCAGACUUUGUAUCAAUCUUACGGUAACCACGUUUCCCGGUGGGGUACAAUAUUUCUAUCUAACCGGACUAAUCAAUUCUGACUACAUGUCCGGAGACUGGCGUCUUUCUCUAAUCCUUCAGGGCAAAACGGUGUGCCCUCAAAGAAAUACAAUAUAUUCAUUGUAUGCAUUAGCUUUACUACUUUGUCCCUACACUUUGUAUUCAUUAAUCUCUCGCCAGGCACCUAACUUUCAUUAUUUUAAGAGCCACAGCAUGUAUUUGAGCAACUUAAUAAUAAGAUGCUGUCUCAUACGAAAAGCAAAUUCUGUAUAUUCAAUUAGUAACCCUAAAUAUAGACUUGACAACAAAGAAAAAAGAGCUAAUCGCAAAUACACUAUAUCGGUAACCAGUUAUGCAAAGGACUAUAAGGAGUUGCUGUCAUUAGAUUGUGAUCCAAUCUUGUUUGAUAUCUUACUAUUUAUUGAUCUGCUUACGCGUAUCAUGUCUUUCUUUCUUUCACCUACAUAUUCCCAGAGUUCGACAGCACCAGCUGAUAGACUUAUUCCGUGCCGGCAAAAAGGCCACUAUUUGUGGUCCGGUAGAAUAAAAAUGUUGGCCCUCACCAAGAAAUGCCGUCCCCCUAAACUUAGGGUACAUGCUGUCCAGGCUGUCCUGCCAGGCUGUCCAAUUCGUUUGAUAUACUCAAUUAUUACAUCUAAUAACCUAAAUAAACUACCAAAUCAAGAACGACUUGAGGAUGAUAUAAGAGAAGCAGAGCUUACUGAUACUGAAUCUCUAAGACCUGAUGCUAAUGUGUUUGAAUUAGAACAACGGAGGAUAACGUUUUCUACUGAAUAUGUUGAGAUGAAGCUCGGUAAAAGUCGUUCUGACACAUUGAAGACACAUGAGGACCUUUUGAGAUUAGUAAAUUUCUGUAAAGACACUCUUGACAAAAAAGAUGUGAAGUCAAUGAUUGCUGUGCAAGAAGUAGGAUAUUACGUUACAAUUUAUCUGUUCUCUCUUGAAGCCACUGGACUCAAUUUGCUUACAGAACUAUACUCUUUUAAUGUCCCGAAAUCUAUAUCUGAAUUACCCCAGUUCGUCAUGCGUUUUGAUGAAAUAAAAAUAAUGUUAAUUUUUGAACAAAAUGAUCAUGAUCCGGAAAAACUGUACGUUUUUCUUGAGCGAGCCAUGUUGCUUUCCAAUCCUGCUUCAGAACGAGCAGGAAUCAACAUAAGAACAGCUCAGGGAUGGGUAAAGCGAAUGGACGAUGAUCCAGAAUGGGAUAUAUACGGCAAGUUUAUGAACAAAGCCAAUCGUGGUGAAUCUCAACUACAUGAAGAGCAUAAGUAUUCCCUGAUUCAUCUUUUCAAUGAGCAACCUCAAGUAACAAGAACGAAUGUCGUUUAUAUCCUUACCGCAAAAUGCGAGGAUUUCAGCUUGAAAGAGUCUCAACAGAUCACUUGUCGUCCUGUGGCUAAAGACUCUGUAAAAACCACGCAUCAAGAGGAAAUGGUGGGUCGAGAAAUAUCUCAGACAGAUAUGGAUUAUCUAAGUAACGUCUUCUUUAAUGAGGUUGCAUUCGAUAUCAAAAUAAAGACCUUUGACGGGAAGAUCUGCAAAAGGAACUUCAGUCAUGUUUACUACACCAUCGACUCGUGCAGUAUCUCACAUCAUUCUAGGGACAAUCUCUGUCAUGGGUGUAGUGAAUAUCAAGAUUAUGCAUAUCUUUGUAGCUAUAGGAAUUGA